UAAACCCACUAAAAAGGCAUGUAGCUGUCUGAGCUCGUUUGUUGUCUGUGAAUGAAAAGUGAAAGGCAUUGCUUAUAUCAAACGUUGUAAAGUACUGCCAAAGGAACAGGCAACGGGCACGUAGGGCCUACAUGGUUUAACAUUCGUUGUAUGCUUCGACGCAGUUCCGUCUUCAGUGUGUUCCCAGAGGAGAAAUGUUGGUGUGUGAAAUUUGUGGCCAGCAGGUUAUCUUGGACGAGGACAUGAGAACCCAUCUCCUGCUCACACACACAGAGAACAAGAUAACCUGUCCUUUCUGUUGCCUCUCCGGCGUCUCUUAUGAUGAACUCAACUUCCACAUAAGCACGGCGCAUCCUGAGAGUCAAGACCAAGGACCUGCUGAUGCAGCAGGAACAGCUCACAUACUCGGCAGCGGGUCCAACUACUGUACCACAAAAACGGUCCGUCAAGCCAAGGGUCAGUCUGAGCGUUGUGAAGGGGCUACAGCAGCGAAAGCUAGCAUAUGUGACACCACCAUCGAGCAUACAUCCACGUCUCUAGGAACUACCCCUGCUAACAGGGGCACUGCUCCUGUUGUGGGAACGGGACCCACGCCAGAAGUCUCUCCAGGAAUGGCUUCAAACCACACUCCAUGCAGUCUGAUGAGACAACCCCUAACCAAGAUUCCUAAUCCCCAAGCCAAGAAUCCUAUCCUGCUAGCUAAGACUCCUGACUGCAAGUGGUCAAGUCAGUGUGAGGUAGAAGGGGAAGGGGGUACCAGAGAAGAGCACAGCAAGGCAAAACAGAAGCGCCUCGCCUCUCCUAGCAAAGGCAAGCAGUUUCCAUGUCCUAUUUGUUCCCUGGUCUGCAGUGACUGCUCCAUCCUACAGGAACAUGUGGAGUUGCACCUGCAGGAACCAAAUGCAGAAGUGGUCCCCCAGGGAGUGGCGUCUUCAUCAUCAUCACCAGACAAGGAGUCACCAUCAUCCAGUAACAGAGAUGGAGGCCGACUGGAGUGUCCCCUGUGUUCUCUGGUGUGUGAGGACAGCUCCUCGCUACAGGAACAUGUGGAUCUGCACCUGGAGUUCAACGCUGACACAGCCAUAGACACCUCUACAGGUACACACACCUUUACAGACACAGACCUGAGGCUGGCCCGAAGGCUCCAGGAAGAGGAGGAGCAGAGGAGCCAGCAGCUGGCCAAUCAGGAGGCAGACGACUUCAAAAAGCUGCAGAAGCAGUUUGGGCUGGACGGUGGUGGAGGUUACCGCAGGCAGAUGGAGAAGACUCUGGAGAGAGCCGUGUCUCGGGGUCAGAUGGUCCCCGCUGAAUUCCACUCAAAGAAAGCACAGAUGAUGGAGUCUCUGUCCUCAGGACUCGAUGACGGACGAACCCGAACACCGGGUCUGCUGGGGGCCUUGUACGAGUGGUACCAGAGGGAGGCCGGGGACUGCGUCCAGGUGUGGCUGUGUGCUGACACUGACCACUUCUGCUCCUCGGAAGGAGACAGGGGCUGGGGGUGUGGCUACAGAAACUUCCAGAUGCUUCUGUCUUGUCUGAAAAGAGCAGAGCCUUAUGCCACCCGUAUCUCAGACGAGUCAAUUCCCAGCAUCCCUAGGGUGCAGCGUAUGAUCGAGGCGGCGUGGAGGGAGGGGCUAGACCCACAGGGGGCAUCUCACUUCAACGAGCGUCUGCAGGGCACACGGGCCUGGAUCGGAGCCACGGAGAUCUACUCUCUGCUUACAUCGCUGGGUGUCAGAGCUCGCAUCAUAGACUUCCACCAGCCUAGCGGCCCCGGGAACACACACCCCAGGCUGUUUGACUGGGUCAAGCAGUACUUCUCCAGCCCCACCAGCGGGGGUGCCAGGCUUCCCCCCCGGGUGGUGAAGACCCCCCAGCCCCCCAUCUACCUGCAGCACCAAGGCCACAGUCGUUCCAUUGUGGGUCUGGAGCAGAGGAGGAACGGUACUCUGUGUGUCCUGCUACUGGACCCAAGCUGUUCCCCCAGCGACGUGAGGAAGCUGCUCACCAGAGAUGCAGGCUCCGCCCUUACCGCAGUCAGACGCCUCAGGAAAUUCCCUGGCAACCUGAAGCACCAGCAGUACCAGGUGGUGGCUGCAGAGGGGGUGCUUUCUACUGAGGAGCGGCAGACCCGCAUCUUAAACUCCAGAACCUUGCGUGCAGAAAGGAUACCUUGAAGCUGGUGUCUGUUCUAACUAUGGGGAUUUAUUUUCAUUCUAUCUGUCUUUUAACAUCAGUUGAUUUUUAUAUUAAGAAAUAAAUUGUGUUUUUUAAAUAUU